AUGUUACGCCAGGCCCUCUUCACCAACGCCCGCGCCAUCCGCUCGGCCGCCGUCGCCACCCGGACAUCGUCCGUCCUCAGAACCCAAGCCCAGCUGGCCGCGAGGCCUGCGCUAGCUUCGCUGCCCGUGAGGACGACGAGGUGGUAUACUGCUGAGGCGAACAAGGAGGGCGAGAAGAAGGAAGGAGAGGAGGCCAAGGCCGAGGAGAAGGAGGUUGAGGAUCCUCUGAAGAAGAAGCUUGAGGCUAAGGAGAAGGAGGUUAUUGAUCUCAAGGAUAAAUACCUCCGCCUCCUCGCCGACUUCCGCACCCUUCAAGACCGCAGCGCCCGCGACCAAAAAGCAGCAAAAGACUUCGCCAUCCAAAAAUUCGCCUCCGACCUCCUCGACAGCGUCGACAACCUCGACCGCGCCCUGCACAUCGUGCCCCAGGACCAGCUCGCCGGCGAGCCCACCUCCGAGCACCACAAGCACCUCGUCAGCCUACACGAGGGUCUCAAGCUCACCGAGACCAUCCUCAUGCAGGUGCUCGCGCAGCACGGCGUCGUGAGGCUGGAUCCCCUCGGCGAGAAGUUCAAUGCUGCCGAUCACGAGGUUACCAUUCUUGUGCCUCAUCCUGAGGCCGAGGAUAAUUCCGUCGUCUCGGUUGAGAGUAAGGGGUUUAAGCUUAAUGGGCGGUUGUUGAGGCCUGCUAAGGUACAGGUUGCUAAGAGGCAUCGUUAA